AUGGCACAGACGAAGGACCUCGGUGCAGUUUCGGACCCAAACUCCAUUUUGAACGUGGAGUUGGAGGUGAAGAGUGAAAGCUGGAUGGCAUUCAUGCGGCGUCUUUGCGCGGAGCGAAAAAGGAUUUGUCCCAUGACUGCUGUGUUUAUGAAAAAUGCACUUAUGAACGCAAAGGCCCACAAAGUAUCAUACUUCAUAAGUUUUUUCUCCGUAUUUUUGGUAGUGUUUCUGUGUGUGAUAUUGAUGUCGACGAUUUUUAACCUCCCAAUUGUUUUUCUUCGACUUGGUGAGGUACAUAACGCGAAGAACGAUCUCGCUAUCACAACCGGAGGAGAGCUGCAUUCUGCAUCGUCGUUAAACUAUUCGAUUGUUGAGCAAAUAUUUCCACUUACGGAUCCCCUACGCGGUUAUCAUUCUCCUCGGAUCCGAUUUGGGGGAUACAUUUUGAAAUAUUCCACCUGUUCAGGGAUUAAAAAGCCGCAGGAUUUAUGGUACGAUAAGAAGAAUGAAUUAUGUUUUCCUGGUUGUUUGGGUGAAUAUUGCGAUGGCACCGAAACUCCGGCUUUGGUUUUUGCUAUCAACGAGGAACGUGAAACUCGAAUGGGAUUUGGGACAUCAUGGAAGGGGCGAAAAUUAAAGAAGGGGGAAGUGAUUUUGUCGAUCGGUGUGGCUGCGGCUGCAAAUAACACAAAGGUGGGGGAUAAAGUUGUGCUUUUUGCAUCGCUCGGCCCUCCUCUACAUGAAUUGUUUAGAAGUAAUCCUUCACUGAUUAGAAAUACACGUACGAUUGUGUCUUUAAAAGUGGUGGAUAUUGUCGCUCCAGACCGUUCCAAGUUUGAUUCGGAUGAUUUUAUCGUUCUGGACUACGAUACAUUUGUUUCUAUGGUUUCUGAGGGAUUUUUUCCAAAGCACAACCAGGAGGACGUUAAGAAAUUUGAGGAAAGCAAUCCAAAGUCGUGUGCGACCUCCAUUCAUUUUAACUUGGGCCCAAAGGAGCGUACGAACACAUACAAGAACACGGACUAUGCAACUGUACGCCUACGACUCUCGAGUUGGGUUAGUUCAAUUGCCGAGCCACUUGGUUUUAAUCAAAUAACCGUGAACACGCCUAUAUUGGAUUUUUUGUACACUGUCCGAUUUUUCUCGCUAUUUGUGGAAUUGAUCGUCUCCAUUAUUUUACUAUCACUGGCUUUUUUGAGUAUUAUGCUCAUAUACUCGCUGCUUAAUUUAAGUAUAGAGAGUCAGGUAUAUGAGCUGGGUGUUAGGCGGAUGAUUGGAUUUUCAAGAGGGACUUUGGUGUUCAUGCUUUUUACGAAUGCAUAUGCCUUUACCAUACCCGCAUGGAUACUUGGACUUAUUGCAGGACAGGUGGUGUUUUUAGGGUUGCGCUCUGUGUUACGUGAUAUUAUUGGUGUCAAUUUACCUUACAUUGUUCCAGGACAAGCAUUUGGUUGGGCGACAUUACUCGGAUUGUUGCUUCCUCUUUUUGGAGCCUUACUUCCUGUUAUUAAUCUCCUGAGACAAAAUCUUUCGGAAGCUCUCAAUGCCAGUCGUGGACGUAAUGUAGGUGUUAUAUACAAAAUUGAGCGCGGGGGUUAUUCAAGGUCAAUAAAUUACAUGAUGUUUGGUAUCGGAACCGCCUUUGCAGCCUUUGGUUUUCUGUUGCAUUACUUUUUCCCUAUUGGUUUGAUGCACAUGCGGCUUGGGCUGCUUUUCUACAUAUUCUUUGGUAUUUUGAUUGGCAUGCUAGCGGGAAUGGUGCUGUUGUCGCUUAACUUUGAGCGGACGCUUCAAACGGUUUCAUCAUACAUCUUUUUUUUCUGGGAAUCAGCUGCUGUAUUCCGGGCUUUUCAGAAUUGUCUGGUGGCUCAUCGAAAACGGAACCGCAAAACGACAUUGAUGUACGCCUUUUCGCUCGGUUUUAUUAUAUUCAUCACCAUUGCCUUUCAAGUUCAACUGAGAUCGUUUCAGCACGGCAUCCGGAGAUCGAUGGGGGCGGAGGUGGUGGUUGACUUUGAGGGCCUGGACUUGUUUACGUUUUCCAGGAUGUCACAUUUUAUAAAGGCGGCUCUCCCUCAAGUCUCAGCGGUGACGUAUCUUUCCGAUACGAUCACUGCAGGUUUCAACAUUCAGAAUGUGUCAUUGUAUUCGCCCGGGCGUUAUCAGGGGGUUUUCAUUAAUUCGCUUGUUGCGAUAUCACCCAAUUACCUCGAUGCUCUAAAUAAGGAUUUUUUGUUGGUGAAAAAGUACAAUCAACAAAGUCGAAAAUAUUCCAUCUCCGGUGCUGUAUAUACCGCAAAGAGGAAUCAGAUUAUUGUAUCUAGCUCUGUCUUUUCGACGCUUCAAUCCAGGUCUCUUGAGGAUCCUGAAAUGCUUGUAACGGCUAUAAUGACGGAUGCAAAGAAACGAUCCGUCGAGAAUGUGCGUCAUGCCGUAAAGCCAUCUGCAGUGCUGGAUGCAGCUCCUCAAGUUUCCAUGACAAAGUUUCGUGAAAUGGAUGGUGUUGUGUUGACUUCAUAUCCUUCCUUGACGCGCUUCAGCGGGGUGGAAUAUUUAAGUGUUCGCAGCAUCAAGAUAUCCACCGUGAGUCUACGAGUCCCAGACUCUCGUUACGUCAAUUAUGUCUCCCGGGUAAUGGAAAAAUAUCUUCGACGCCGCCGCAUUACCAAGACUUCUGUUCGUGACGACGGCAGAACAGCACAGUAUUUGGGUAUCGCAGAUCGUACACUUGGUUUCUUUUUUAUAUUUGUACAAGUCGUGACGCUGGCAAUCUGUUUCUUUUCUUUGCUUUCUAGCAUGACGGCAAAUAUAUCCGAAUCAACUAAAGAAAUUGGGAUUUAUCGCUGCAUUGGUAUGACUAGAUUUCAGAUCCACAGAAUUUUCAUAUGGGAAUCGUUUGUUGUUGUCAUUGCCUCCGGCAUUGUGGGUAUCAUUGUGGGCCUGACGAUAGGAUACAGUAUGCAGCUUCAGAAUUAUCUCUUUACGCAACUGGAGAUCCCGUUUGCGCUUCCCUAUACACAAUUGUUAAUUGUUCUCUUCAUGGCGAUUGGAGCGGCUCUGUUGGCGAGUUAUCCCCCAGUUGCAUUUCUCCUUCAUCUUCCGUCCAUCACUCAUAUUUUGCGUCGAACUACAUGA